CCAUUUCUCUCUUCGUCUCUUUUAACCUUCUAAUUUUUCUCCCUCUUCCCCUCUCUCCUCCGACUCAAUUUUCUUCCUCCUCUCUGUCUCUCUCCCGCUUGCAUCUAUACUUUCCCCUUGUCAUUCACUCCAACCAAAACCUUCACCAUGGCUGACGAAGAGCACACUUUCGAUAGCGCCGAUGCCGGUGCCUCUCUCACCUUCCCCAUGCAGUGCUCUGCAUUGAGGAAGAACGGUCACGUUGUCAUCAAGGGCCGCCCUUGCAAGAUUGUCGAUAUGUCCACCUCCAAGACCGGAAAGCACGGCCACGCCAAGGUUCACCUGGUCGCUCUCGACAUCUUCACCGGCAAGAAGCUUGAAGAUCUGUCCCCCUCCACCCACAACAUGGAAGUUCCCAACGUCAAGCGCACGGAAUACCAGCUUCUUGAUAUCACCGACGAUGAUUUCCUGUCCCUGAUGACCGAGAAUGGUGAUACCAAGGACGACGUCAAGGUCCCCGAGGGUGAUCUCGGUAGCCGGAUCAAGAAGAUGUUCAAGGAGGAGGAGAAGGACGUCAACGUCAUCGUUCUCACCUCCAUGGGCGAGGAGUGUGCCAUCGACUGCAAGGAAGCCCCCAAAUAAUGAAUUUUUUUUUAAUAGUCGUGGACUCUUUUGUGCUCCAUUGGCCCUUGUGCGUUCUAUGGUCACCCUUUAAGUUUGCCCCUUCGAUUAUGAAGUAUGUUACGUUUUGGGCGAGAUCCGACCCGGCUCUUAUAUUGGCCACUUGACCUUGGAGAAGGUUGCGUUUAGUUGGCAGCGCAAAGCGUGCUUUCGCAUGACGCGAACCAGUCUGAGUCCAUCUUUCACGAUAUUUUGACGAAUUCCAAAAAAAUUCAGUGGCUCUUCCUAAUACACAAGAGAUUUGCUUUGCUUUUAACUGGUACCAUCUCCUCGUAGAGUCAUUACUUAGUAGGGUACGCUUUGAUAAAGAUCGAAGCGAACGAAA